ACCUCCACCGCUGGCGCCGCCGCUCUCCUCCGUCAGUUCGAUCGCGCCGAAGAUCCCUCUUCUAAAGCGCAUCGCAUUGGCCUCUCCUCCUAAAAUCUUCACCACACGCUCGCUUUCUCAGUGCCCUUCCCAAAUGGAGAUCGAAGUGAAACUGCGCCUCGCAAACGACGAAGCUCAUCGCCACGUCACCACCUUGCUCGCUCCCUUCCACGUCAUAACCCAUCGUCAGCACAAUAUCUUCUUCGACGGCGCGGCUUCUGAGCUCUCGGCGCGCCGCGCCGUUCUUCGGCUCCGAUUCUACAACGACGACGAACGAUGUGUCGUUUCGCUCAAAGCCAAGGCGGUUCUGGUCGACGGCGUGAGCCGCGUGGAGGAAGACGAGGAGGAUUUGGACCCCAAGGUUGGUCGCGAUUGCGUUGCGGAACCGGGGAAGCUGGGUUCGGUUGAGUCUAGGGUUUUGGGGAGGGUGAAGGAGGAGUUUGGGGUCGUGGGUGAAAACGGGUUUGUGGGUUUGGGAGGUUUUGAGAACGUGAGGAGUGUGUAUGAAUGGAAAGGUUUGAAAUUGGAAGUGGAUGAGACCAAGUUUGAUUUUGGGACUUUGUACGAGAUCGAGUGUGAGAGUACUGAUCCUGAAGGAGCUAAACAGAUCCUCGAGGAAUUCUUGAAGGAGAAUGGAAUAGAUUAUUCAUACUCUAUGGCAUCCAAAUUUGCAAUUUUUCGAUCUGGGAUGCUACCAUAAUCAGAUCCAUUCCCCUUUAUAUCAACAGUUAUGCUGCCACAAGGAGUCACUCGUUUACUUUCCUUUUGCGUUUCAAUAAUUGUGAGAUUUAUCUCAAAAACCAUUACUCAUCUAACAUCAGUUUAUUAUGGUUUGCAUCAUUGCAAUAAAGCACAAUUAGUGUAUCUUAUAGUUGCUGUGAAAUUUACAAAAAAGACUUAUCCCUUCGAGCCAUGAUCGUA